GCCAAUGAAAAGCUAGGUCGUUGGGUUCGAUCGGCAGACGCAGCUAAAAUCGCUUAACACGUGCUGUUGACAACCUGAAACAUGGCUUCUGGGGAAAUUGCAUUGAUUAGUGUUUCGGACAAGACAGGUCUGAUUCCAUUUGCAAAAGAGUUAGUUGCCCUUGGAUUGAGGCUUGCUGCAUCAGGUGGCACUGCAAAGGCAAUAAAGGAUGCUGGGAUACCAGUUAGUUGUGUAUCAGAGAUCACUGGAGCAGCAGAGAUGCUGGGAGGACGUGUCAAAACCCUCCACCCUGCUGUUCACGGAGGAAUUCUGGCGCGUACGACAGAAUCGGAUCAGGCAGAUAUGAAGAAGGCUGGGUUUACAAUGAUAGGUCUGGUAGCGUGCAACUUAUACCCAUUUGUAAAGACCGUGGCAGACCCAAAUGUACAACCUGAAAAUGCUGUGGAACAAAUUGAUAUAGGGGGAGUAACUCUACUGCGUGCGGCUGCCAAGAACCAUGCCCGUGUAACAGUAGUGUGUGAUCCCGCAGACUAUGGCCGGAUUUUAGAAGAAAUGAAGAAAACUUCCAGCAUUGAUACCACAGAGGCUACCAGACAGCGAUUAGCUGUUAAGGCAUUUAACCACACAGCAGAAUAUGACGCUGCCAUCUCUGACUAUUUCCGUCGUCAGUACAGUGCUGGCGUAUCACAGCUGUCCCUUCGAUAUGGAAUGAACCCACACCAGAAACCCGCUCAAAUAUCCACCACUUUACCAAACCUCCCUAUUAAAGUACUAAAUGGAUCACCUGGAUUCAUCAACUUAUUAGAUGCCCUCAAUGGUUGGCAGCUUGUGCGGGAAAUCAGUCGAGCAUGCAACAAACCGGCUGCAACUUCCUUCAAGCAUGUCAGCCCUGCAGGGGCAGCCAUUGGAGGACAAGGAAUGAAUGAUGUGGACCGCAAGGUUUGCAUGGUGGAUGAUCUGGAGGAGUUGUCUCCCUUGGCUGAGGCAUAUGCCAGGGCUAGAGGAGCAGACAGAAUGUCAUCUUUCGGAGAUUUCAUUUCUUUAUCUGAAACAUGUGAUGUUUCCACAGCCAAGAUAAUCUCACGCGAGGUAUCCGAUGGCAUCAUCGCACCAGGCUAUGACAACGAAGCCUUGGAAAUCCUACAGAAGAAAAAAGGUGGUAACUACUGUGUUCUACAGAUUGACCCUACUUAUGAUCCACCAGCCACCGAGACAAGGACAGUGUUUGGGCUACAGAUGCAGCAGAAACAUAAUGAUGCUGUCAUCAAUGCGGAAAUGAUGACCAACACUGUUACAAAGAAAGCAGAGCUGGGACAGGGUGUGUUAGAGGACCUGAUCGUGGCCAGUAUUACUCUGAAAUACACUCAGUCUAACUCGGUCUGCUAUGCUAAAGGUGGGCAGGUGAUCGGGAUAGGGGCUGGACAACAGUCGCGCAUACACUGCACACGUCUGGCGGGAGACAAGGCCAACAACUGGUGGCUGAGGCAGCAUCCUAAAGUCAUGGAGAUGAAGUUCAAAAAGGGAGUGAAGCGAGCAGAGAGAAACAAUGCUAUUGACCAGUUUGUUCUCGGGAUAGUUGGAUCGGACAUGGAUGUUGAGACAUGGCAGGAAUUGUUUGAAGAUAAACCACCCACCUUUCUGUCACAGGAGGAAAGGAAGGAAUGGAUUUCACAGUUAAAGGGUGUGUCUCUCAGCUCGGACGCCUUCUUCCCUUUCAGAGACAACAUUGACCGGGCAGCACAAAGUGGUGUGGAGUACAUCGUGUCUCCAGCAGGAUCCACAAAUGAUGGUGGGGUCAUCGAGGCAUGCAACGACCACAAAAUGGUGAUGAUUCACACCAAUACAAGGCUCUUCCAUCAUUAGAGUUGAUUCCCUACGCAGAAGGUUGACACCUUUAUACACAGAAAUCCUUCAGAAUCGACACUUAUGAUAACAUACAAUUUGUAAGGCUUGCAUGUAGCAACCAAUUCUUUAAAAGGGACAUUUUUCUCUGAAAUUUACGCAAUACUCGUCUCAAGCAUAAUAUCGUACAUCAUUCCAUUGUAUAUCAAGUGUUCUAUCUUUGUGCCAUGUUACCCAUUGUCUCAAAACUUGCCUGAUCUCUAAAACUGAUGAAGCAGCUAUUUGAUCAAAUUAAAUGUUAUUGAAA